CCAUUGUUAUAUGCUAGCAGACAUAUCUUGGUUUCUUCUCAGUGACGGAGUUAACACAAAAAUAACCGACUGAGCUUUAAUAAGCGAAGGCAUGGCGACAUUACACAGCCUUCUUGGCUUAGCGUGGAUAGACGGCAGGAGCAUUUUAAUUGUUUUGUGUGUUCUUCUGCUUUCGAUUGAAGUUUUGAAGAACAGAGUGCCGAAAAACUUUCCUCCCGGACCGUGGGCUCUGCCUUUCAUUGGUGACCUUCACCGCAUCAAACCUGACAGAAUUCAUCUGCAGUUCGCAGAGUUUGCAGAGAAAUAUGGAAACAUAUUCAGCCUUCGAAUCUUUGGUCAAAGAACUGUGAUCAUUCAUGGCUACAAGCUUGUCAAAGAAGCCCUGAUCCAACGAGGAGAAGACUUCAUGGAUCGUCCCAGCUUACCAAUUUUUGAAGAAUUAGUUGGGAAUAAAGGUCUUGUGGCUUCAAAUGGUUAUCCAUGGAAGCGGCAAAGGAGAUUUGCUCUUCAUACACUCAGAAACUUUGGUCUGGGCAAGAAGACCCUGGAGUUAUCCAUCCAGCAGGAGUGCCAGUAUCUCACAGAGGCUUUUGCAGAUCACCAAGGAAAGCCUUUUAAUACCCAGUCUCUGUUAAACAAGGCUGUGUCCAACAUCAUUUGCUGUUUGGUGUUUGGGAAUCGAUUUGAGUACACUGAUGAGCAGUUCCAGUCUAUUCUACAGCUCUUCCACGACAUAGUGGACUUGCAAGGAAGUCUGUGGGCACAGGUUUACAACACAUUGCCAUGGCUGAUGAAGUGGCUGCCUGGACCUCACCGAAAGAUAUUCACUCUGACCCAAAAGAUAAUUGACUUUGUGGAAAUCAGGAUCAAAGAACACAGAGAAAACCUCAACCUUUCGUUACCAAGAGACUACAUCGAUGCUUUUCUCAUAGAAAUGGGGGAAAAGGAGGAUGAAGACUCUGGUUUUAGUCUCAGAAAUUUGUGUUUUUGUACCCUGGACCUGUUUGGUGCUGGAACUGAAACUACUACCACCACUUUACACUGGGGACUGCUAUACAUGAUCUACUACCCUGACAUUCAAAAAAAAGUCCAGGCUGAAAUCGACGCUGUGGUCGGUUCAUCCAGACUGCCCUCUCUGACUGACCGAGAAAACAUGCCCUAUACUGAUGCAGUCAUCCAUGAGAUCCAGAGAAUGGGCAACAUCGUUCCCCUCAAUGUGGCCCAUGUAGCAAACAAGGACACUACAGUGGAUAAGUACACAAUCCCAAAGGGUACAAUGAUCUUACCUGCUCUUCACUCGGUCUUAAAUGACAAGACGAUGUGGGAAACUCCAGACUCCUUCAACCCUCAACACUUUCUGGACCAGGAUGGUAAAUUCAGGAGGAGGGAGGCCUUCAUUCCUUUUUCUAUGGGUAAGCGUUCAUGUCUCGGGGAACAGUUGGCCCGGAUGGAGUUAUUCCUGUUUUUCACCUCCCUCCUUCAGAGGUUUUCCUUCUCUGCACCUGCCGGAGAGCAGCCCAGUCUGGAGUUCAAGUUAGGAGUCACUCGCAGUCCCAAACCUUACCUCCUCUGUGCUGUGCCACAUUAAACCACAAGUCCUCCUGAUUGGAGCACAUAUUUUUCUCAGCACUUAAUCACUCUCUUCCUAAUAUCUGCGAUAUUACUAUUUUUCUAGAAUAAUGUGAAUUCUUAUUUCCUCUCAGCCACUGUGCCUUAUCAAUUAAUAUUUAUAUAUUAUUAAAUCACUGUAUUAAAAUAUGUAGAGCAUUUUUAUUUUAUUUUAUUUUUUUUAAAUGUCUGGGAACACUUUCUUAAAGUUCUUUCCACUGAACAUUAAAUUAAAUUUGUCACACCUGCCUCAGACUUGAUGUGCUCAAAUAAAUUACAUUACCAUUAAGGUUUGUGUUUAAAUGUACAAUGCAGGUUCAAACUGGGGUGUGAGAGGUGGGGGUGCUGUUUAUCUGUUUGAGAACAUAUGAUGUAAUCGGGAUAUAUACGCUGUGUUUUGUGAAAAUGAAUUUUCAAUAAACAA